CGAGGCGUUUUCCCCAGACUUUUUGCGGGCGUUCGUGAAGAAGAGCAGUAUUUCCGCAAUGAUCGCCGGGCGUGUGCAGACAACGUGAAUUGAUAUGGAAUCCUCAAACAUGCGAGGCAGAGCACAGAGCAACUGCAGCGGUUCAAGCCGCUCGAGCGCGUCGACGGGUUCAGCGUCGGGGACGCAGGAAGCGAGACAUUUCAUCUUUGACCGAGAUUGGUAUCCCGACGUGCCGCUGGUUAUCCAAGCGAAUCAACUGAUUAUCGGGCGUCUUGGGCUGGGGCACACGCUGCCGGAGCUCGUGGCGGAGUCGGCGAGGAACGAGGCGGGAUGUCACCCGGGGACGAUGGCGGCGUACUUUCACCAUGCGAUUACGCUGGAGCUGGCGUGUUUGAUGAGCAAUGAUACGGUUCAGAUGGCGAUUGUCAAGGGCGUUAGGGUAUGAGCCGGCACCGACGGCAGGCUGUCAUUGAGUUUUUCUGGGCAUGCCUGGGCACGAACGGCGUUUGAUCAUUGACAUUAUUUCGGCAUUGUUGGAAGACGGACUCGUGGAGGAAGGGCUGAACUCGUUUACUUGCUAGGAUUGAGCGAGAGCGAAUACUGCAGUGGUUAUCACCGUAUCAUGGCGCACGAGAUGGUUCUCGGCAGCAAUCGGAGUUGCAGUUUAGGGACAGGCUAGGAUCGCAAAUGCUACUUUAGGCUAAAUUGAUUUGAACGACGAUGCCAUUAUCUUCAACCCGGAUCAACGUAGACUUAUGCCAUAGCCCAAGACAAUUGAAACGGGCCAUGGCAGACCUUAUAUUGCCUGCCACGUUUUCAAGCUGCGGCUAGGGCUUAAAGGAAGAAGGUCGUCAACGGGGAAGAAAAAGAGGGAAUGCAAAAGUUGCCUACAUUAGGGUGGAGGACC